AAGUACUCCUGAGGGGAGUUGAAUAGACGGAAAUCGGUGGGUGACCUGACUUUAUCAUGGAACCUGAGGAAUUUGGUUCUGAGGACAAAGGGAUAUUAAGCUGGGAUAUUAAUGACAUAAAACUGCCACAGGAUGUGAAAAAGAUUGACUGGUUCCAAGAAUGGCCAGAUUCCUACGAGAAGUUCAUCUACAGCGCAGAGGACAGGAAUGCGCAGAGGCACCUGAGCAGCUGGGCCAUGCGCAACACCAACAACCACAACUCGCGCAUCCUCAAGAAGUCCUGCCUGGGCGUGGUGGUAUGCAGCCGGAACUGCUCCACCAGCGAGGGCCGAAAGAUCUACCUGAGACCUGCCAUCUGUGACAAAGCGCGGCAGAAGCAGCAGAGGAAACGCUGCCCCAACUGCGACAGCCCUCUGAAGCUACUUGCUUGCCGAGGCCACGGGGGCUUCCCAGUUACCAACUUCUGGAGGCAUGAUGGACGCUUCAUAUUUUUCCAGUCAAAAGGAGAACAUGACCAUCCAAAACCUGAAACCAAGUUGGAAGCCGAGGCCAGAAGAACAAUGAAGAAGGUGCACACUCCUUCUUCCUCCAUCCUGAAGCUGAACAGGGGCCCAGAGGCAAAGUCUGUUCCAGCAGAAACACAGAGUUGGGGGAAUUUACCUUUAGCUUGGUCUUUCCAGGAAGGCAUCCAGUUGCCUCCUAGUGACAGUGGACAUUUAAUGGCUAAUGCUCCCCCGCAGAAGUCACCUAAUGAUGGCUUGUUUAAGAGUUACAGUUUGGGGGGAACCACUGACCUGGCAGAUCCCACUGCUUCCAUGUGCCCCUCUGAGCUCUAUGAGAAGUGCAAAGUGCCCAGCAGUCGGAUCUACAGCAGUGGAGACCUGCUUCAGCCUUCUGUCUCUGGAGUCCGCUCUGAUUACAGUGAUCUGCAGACGUGGAAUAAAAACGCCGCUUUGGGGAGGAAUCCUUUCAACGACAGCAGUUGCCCCAGUUACCCUUUUCCUCAGACCAGCUGGUCUUACGACUUCCCCCCUCCCCAGAGCUCCUUAGAACCCCUUCCCCAGCAGAUUCCAGUGGAGCCCCCUGCAGCCAAAACUAGCUCUCAUCCGUCAUGGCCCAAUCCAGGGCCUGAUCCUUAUGAAGAGAAAGUGCACGUGGAUCUUAACAGCUACUACCCUUCCACCACGGGCCACUCGCCCCAGGAAGACCCCUUUCUCUUUACCUAUACCUCUUACCCGCACCAUCAGUACUCGCUGCCGGGCAAGAGCAGCAAGUGGAAUUUUGAUGAAGACAUGAGGUACAUGGGUUUGGAGCACUACAACAAUGAGAUGCUUCUGAAUCUCUGUCCCUUAAGAUGA